UGACGAGAUGCUGCUUGUGACAGCGGUGUCGGAGUAAUAAUGAACGCCUUCAGUAAGUGCUGGGAUGGAUGAGGAAGGUUUGCUGUCAGUGCAGGGUGGAACAACAGUGUGCCGUUGUGCCUCCUGGCUCCGCGAUGGUGUCACCUCUGGGCGCUUUUCCCUCUGCUAUCCGGACAGGGGACACUGGCGGAGAAGUGGCACACCGGCGUCGGAAUUUACGCAAUUAUCAGUCUCAGAAUAGACAGGCGAGGGAAUAAGAGGAGGCUGUCAUGGAGAGACAGAGCAGAGUCAAGGAAGAAAUGCCGACAUCGAAGGAGGAAAAGCGCAAAGAGAAGAAGCCGAAAUCUGGGAAGCUUUUCCGAAAGAAAUCGUUGAAGUCUGUGGGGAGUUUUAUGAACAGAAUCAUCAAAACUUUGGGCACUUUCACCCACUUUGGAGACGCUGACGCGCAGGACGCAGAGGACGACGAUGGGGGGUUUCGGAAUGGCGCACCUUGCACCCUCAGCGCAAGCUCAGGAAUUAUCAAAGAGGAUAUACAGGUGGCGUGGGAUCGGGUGGCGAAAACCACGCAGAGCACGUCUUCAUCUCUGUGCACCGGCAGAGAGAAACUACUUUACCAAUACGGAGACAAAAUCCCAGGUGUUCUGGGGUUGAAGAACCACGGGAACACGUGUUUCAUGAACGCAGUGGUCCAGUGUUUGAGCAACACAGACCUGCUCGCGGAGUACCUGGGGCUGGAGCGGUACAAGAUGGACCUGAUUGAGACCAGAAUAAACGGGCUGCUGAAAAGUGAUGAGAUGAGGUUUGCCAAGGGAGAAGUGACUGAGAAGUUGGCAUCACUUGUCAGGGCUAUGUGGACUCUGGAGUACACCCCGCAGCUGUCUGUGGACUUCAAGACUAUAGUGUCCAAGUAUGGAUCCCAGUUCCGUGGUAAUUCCCAACACGACGCCCUGGAGUUCCUCCUGUGGCUGUUGGACCGCGUCCAUGAAGACGUCAGCCUGGCCUCGCACAACAACAACAACAAGACCAAAGCUCCUGGAAAGGGCCCCGGUGGAGCUGAGGAGGUGCUGUCUCCUGACCCGACCCAGUCCCAACAGCAGCCCAGUGUCCAGCACAGCUUUGUCCAGGAACACUUCCAGGCACAGUACAAAUCUUCGCUGACAUGCCCGCACUGCCUGAAACAGAGCAACACCUUUGACCCAUUCCUCUGCAUCUCACUCCCAAUUCCUCUUCGCCAGACCAGGCCGCUGUGUGUGACUCUGGUGUUCAGCACCAAAGGACAGAGGUUUCUGCGAGUCGGGCUGGGUGUGCCUCUGUUUGGCUCCAUGGCCUGUCUGAGGAGGAUGGUGGCUGACGAGGGGAAAAUUUCCCCAGACCAGGUGAUCCUGACAGAGGUUUACUCCACAGGGUUCCAGCGCUCCUUCUUUGAUGAAGAGGAUCUAACCAGCAUAGCUGAGAAUGAUGUCAUCUACGCCUUCCAGGCUCCACCCCUCUACAUCAGAGGGGGCUCUGCACGCAUCUCAGGGUACCAUCACAGCCUGCCGUCCUCUCCAUACUCCACUGGUCCUGAGGGUCAAAGGUUACCUGCAUCUGGGACGCUGUCUUCAGAGUUCCUCAACCAGGGCGUCCCUGUAAAGAUUCUACUGUUGGUGUGCAACGCUGCAGGGGCAGGCCAACAAACUGUUAGGUUUGGACCACCAUUCCUGAUGAGAGAGGACCGGUCUAUUUCCUGGGACCAGCUGCAGCAGAGCAUCCUCAGCAAGCUUUAUUACCUGAUGAUCAAUGGAGCGCAGGCACAGAACACCAGAGUGCUGUUCAACAUCCGAGUGGUGGGAGGAUCGGCAUUUUACAGCUACCUGUCGCCUCAGGACGGCCGGCCGCUCUACCACCCUGCUGUCGACAGAGCUCUGAAGCUCUGCGGCUCAGGAGGACCUCCGCACGUGAAGCUCAUCAUCGAGUGGGAGUACAGAAUCAAAGACUGUCUGUUCGGUAACAUUCAGGAGGAGGUGGUGAAGGAUGCAGAGAGCGUGAGGAAUCAGCAGCAGCAGCACGUCCAGCAGUACAGCUGCACCUUGGACGAGUGCUUCCAGCUCUACACCAAAGAGGAACAGCUCGCCCCAGAUGACGCCUGGAAGUGCCCUCACUGUAAGCAGCUGCAGCAGGGCAUGGUGAAGAUGAGCUUGUGGACGCUGCCAGACAUCCUCAUCCUCCACCUGAAGCGCUUCAGGCAGGUGGGCGAGAGGAGGAACAAGCUCACCACGUUCGUACAUUUCCCCAUGGCGGGUCUGGAUAUGACCCCUAACAUGGUGAACCGCAACCACGGCAACCAUCAGCCCCCCCUCCAGCCGGGCUGGAAACAAUCCCGGCGACCCGACCUGACUCCUCCUGACUUCUUGUACGAUCUUUAUGCCGUGUGCAACCACCACGGAGGAAUGCACGGCGGACAUUACACAGCUUUCUGUAGGAACUCAGUGGACGGCCAGUGGUACAGCUAUGACGACAGCAGUGCCGAGCCGGUUCCAGAGGGGGAGGUGUGCACACGAGGAGCAUACAUCCUCUUCUAUCAGAGAAGAAACAACAUCCCCCCUUGGUCUGCCAGCUCCUCAGUCACUGGUUCCACCAGCUCAUCCGCCUCUGAUCACUGGCUGGUCCGGCUGACAGGGGGCAGUAAGAGGGACAGCCUGGUGUCAGCAGAACCAAUCACUGGACCCCCAGGGUCCACACAGGCCCCAGAGUCCCCUGAGCUGCCAGUGUUUGGGGACGAACCCCCCAAAACAGUAGACAUAAAUGGAUUUCAAACCAAGCCGUUUGUUCGUGGCACUCAAGGCAGAAGUGUAAGCAUGAGAUCGCCAACAAAGCCCAAAGAGACUUUGAGCAAAGUUCUGCCACUGCGGUGGUCCUUUGGCUCCAAGGACCGCAUUAAACACCCAGCCCAGACCCAGCCUGGAGAGCUGGUGGAGUAUCUGGAGUCUGGGCGCAGGCCACGAUGUACCAAAGACCCUAUCAUAAAACUGGUGGCCACCCCACCACAGAGGAAUGCCCAGGGAAGAGCCUUUGAAGUAGGACAGGACUGCAGCUCACCGAGUGGUAGCAGCCUCAGUUGUACAGACAAACUCAGCUCGGACACUUGUUACUCCCCCAAAAUACCAGAGGGACAGAGCAGACCAUUUGCGGAGAAGAGCGUCAGCAGCAAUGUCAAAGGCAGGGAUGACAGUUCUCUGAGGCAGAGGUCAUCUAAGAGAUCUAGACAGGACCAGGGCAGGACCCUGGACCUGCAGCUUCAGAGAGGGGCUAUUUUAGGGGGUCGUAUCAGCCACAGUGCACCUCCAAGCAGAGACUCCACACUGAGAAGAGCCAAGGUGCAGACAGGGGGGACUUCCAGGGUACAAAAAGACCUGCUACAGAUGGUCCUUCAACCCGAGGACAGGAGGGGUCAAAAGGGUCAGGAGGGCAGGAGCCACGAAAGUCUCUUGUCAUUUUUCAAAACUGGUUUCAUGAAAAAAGAUAUUCAGAGGUCACCAAUCAAGGGGCAGGACAGGCGUAUGAACGGCCACGGACAACUGGGAAAGCUGGCGUGCAGUAAUUUGGCCAAAAUGUCCCUUUCUAAUGGCACGCUCACCACAGUGGCACUAGAGGAAAAGAGGGCCAACGUCACCCCCAACUGCGACAGCCAAAACGGCAAAGUGCAGCUGCUGAACGGAAAGGGCGGCAGUCACGAGCCUGUAGACAUUAAGCGUGCUCACAGCUCCAGCAACAUCCAGACUAAGCUGGAUUUGACGUUUCGCAGGUGUGCAUCUCUACAGAGGAACGGCGAUAUCGCGGCCCAUCCAGCCCACCGCAUACUGCUGUCAGACAGGCCCAGCUACGCCACUCUGCAGCGGACGCGAUACAGUACCACCUCCCUGGUGCCUCUGUGACAGCCCAGAAUGACUGUUGAACCUUAGGACCUCUCUACUGAUCUCUACACGUGGCACCCAGAGAAGCGAGAAGCUGCCGGCAGGAUGCGUCGCCGGGAAGAAAGACAGAAAGUAUACCUUCUCUCUACCAUCCAUUGUACUGUUAUAAGUUCUUACCUGUGUGUGUCUUAAACUAAAUCUAUGCAGAGUUGAAUUACAGAGGAGAGACACUGCUGUGACAUGAUGUGAUUUUGCUUCCCGAGUUUGUUUGGCAAAGCGGUCUACUGUCGAUACAUGAGCUCAUGAGAUCAAUAUUUGAAAAGUGGAGGCUGAUUUGGUGAAUUUGCAUGUUUUUUAGCCCAUUAUGCACAGAGAUAAAGGUAGAGUUCCAUGCCUUUAAUUGCAUACAACCAAUAUAAAGGUAGGAAAUCAACCUAAAAGUUGAGUUGAAUAAAAGAUGUAUAGUGGAAUUUACAGAUAAUGGGCUAAAACAUGUUCUUAAACACUGCAAAAAAAAAAGUACUAACUGCACUGUAAAUUGGCUGCUAUAACAACAUGCAUCAUCUGCUUUGCCAUUUAUUAUCAUUUUCUGGUUAUAUUAUCAUUGCACUUUUAUAUUUUGCUACAUGACCCAAGAUUAUAUGUCUUUUGAUAUGCAUUUCUAAUUUAGGAAUGAUUACACUGUACCAAAACUGGCAAAAAAAAAAAGCGGGAGAUUUUUUUAUGUGUUCCAGGUACUGACUGAUAGACAAUUAAUUUACAAUGUGUAAAAAAUAGAUGACUAAAGUGUGAGAAGAGGUUUGUGGAUGUAGAGGUUAAAUAUGUAAGGGGAAUAUACGGUGAAAGCUUCGUCUGUUUUUUCUAAAUGGAAAUGUGGGCUUGUGGAAACUGCUUCCCCUUGAAAUGACUUUGAUCUUUUGGUUUCAGCUUUGUUCUGUGUGGGGGUGAUAAACAGUUGCAUUAGAAAACAACAGGUAGGAUUAUUCUGACAAAAAAUUGCAUUCAUUAACCACCCCAUUAGCUUGCAGUGCAGUGAAAUAGAGACAGGAAGUUAUGUCUCUUUCAUUGAUGCUGGGUUUUUAAAUUGUCCUGAUAAAAUAUUGUCAGGAGCAGACACAAAAGCAAAGCUCAGUUUGAAGCAGCUUUCUUAUCUUGGAUUGAACAGAAGUUGCACACCGUGUGCAAACACACAAUAUUAUUUCUCCACAGUCACAGGAAAGUGACGAGUCCCACAGGUAAUCAUGUUUUGUCACAUUCACAUAAACUUUCAUAAAGUAUUCACCGUUCAGAGAGUCAGCAGUUGAAAGUCCCUGCGGCAUAUCUGAUGUAUAUUUAAUUCACAGUCAUCAUCAGUCAUGAUCACCGUUUCUGUAUCUGCACUGCGUUUAAUUUUUCUGCUGGAGGAGGAAGAGGAGCAAAAAUCAGAGGAGCAUAACAUCUCAAAUUCCCCACUGAGACCUGGAGGAAUUAAUGCUCCUUAAUUCCAACUUGAUUUGUUAUUUGUUUCUAUUUUUGAAUUUGCCAGUCAACUUUUUGUAGAUGCUCUUUUGUUAACUUAUGCAUUGUAAAUGUAUCACUGGGGAUUAUUAGGGAAUGUAAGUGUCCGUGCUCUUCAUGAGAGAAGAGUCAAUAUUGGUUGCCUACACUGUAAUCGUGGUCCAUGUUGUUGUGUCAUUUAACAUUACAGUUUAACAACUCUUUACCAAAAUGAAAUGAUAAAUGAAGGAUGUUUCUGAGACAUUAUUUGGGAAAUAUGGCUAGAUUAUAUUUUAUUAACUUUUUUAAAAGUCUACAUUUUGUACCUGAUGUGUAAUUAUGUAAUUUAAGUACCAGAUUAAAGCAUUAGUAACUAUAUGUUUGAGGUUACUGUUUAAGGUAAGAUUGAUACAGUAUGUUGAAGUGGGGUUGAAUUGGACACAACACACAAAAGUCUCUGUACUGGACUGUCUAUAAUGUCUG